AUGGGCGCACAGCGACCCGAACCUGUCGUCGUGCACCCUCGUCGCCGCCUCAGCUCGUCGUCGCCUGAAUCGGCCCUGCGCUCGUCGCGCACCGCCGCGUCGACAUCCUCAUCAGCCCGCAACUCGAACUUCGACCACAACUCGACGCACAAGACCAACGUGCACGGUCACCGCCCUGUCGAGGCCAGGAAAGCCGCCUCACCGGCACCGCAAGCCGCGCCAGAGCUGCAUCCGCAAAGGCCCGCAUCGCCUGCCUCGAGCGAGGCCAGCUUCGACGACGAGAUCCUCCUUGUCGCCCAUCGUCCUCGCCCUCCCCCGUCCCUCUCGGCGGCAGAGCCUCCCGCGACGUCAAGCCCCGCCGUUCGCGAGCCAUUCGAAGCACCUGGGCCCGCCAUCGCCAGCUCGUCGGCAACCGCGUUCGCCCCGCACCCUCGCUGGAGCGUCGACCGCCUCGAUCCACCUGCCGCGCCUCGCUCGCUCAGCGACAAGGCCAAGGGCAAGCUCCCGCUCGAGCGCGAGCACGCCGUCGAGUCGCACAAGCGGUCGGCGAGCCCUCGCACGUCGCCCCGGACCAAGAAGCGCCGUCUCGACGCGACGUUCGACGGCGUCGAGAUCCCGGUCGCGUCGGCGAGUUCGUCACCCGUUCCUGCCGAGCCCGGCCCGCACCCGGUGCAUCGACGAUGGGCCUCGGGCAGCUCUGUAGCCUCCGCGCGAGUUGCGAGUACGGCCCCCGAGGACGACGAGGCCGCCGCCGCCGUCGAGCGUCGACGCUCGUCUCGGCUCCCGGUCGUCGUCGCCCAGCCCCCUCGGCCUCAUCCCGCCACUUCCGCCGACGUGGCAGCUUCGAGGACGGUUGUCUCGCCGAGGGAGACGUCCAACUGCGGGCGGGCCUCGUCGCUCCCGUCGGCGCCCACGUCCACCCGGCUCGGCGUGACCUUGCGCGACGUCGUCCCUGCGCGCUCAAGACCCAGUUCGGCGGUCGCUUACACCGGCAUCGCAGCACCCGUCGGCGACAUCCUCGAGCGCAACUUCCCGUCGAGGCCGCCCCAACACCCGCUCAACGCGCUGCGCCUUCGCACUCCGCCUCUCGAUCCGCCGCCUCGGUUCGUCUGCAACCCGGCGUACGAGCCCGCCGCCGCCCUCGGCUGGAUCUCGGGCGCCGUCUCGAAGAAGCGUGCACCGCCGCGCCCAGUUCCUCGCCUGCGCACCAACGUCCCUCCCGCCGCCGCCGCCGCCGCCGCCGCCGCACCAGCACCCGUCGCCAGCUUCGCCGGCGAGGUCGGCCAGCGCCGUUCUGCGCGCGCAAAGGUCCCGGCGCAGCCCGCCUGCUCGAUCUACCCGUCGGCGACCGACCGCGUCGCCGCCCUCGCCUCGUCCACCUCGGCCUCGGCCUCGUCGUCGCGCGCGUCGUCCGCCUCGAGCGAGGACCCGCGCACGCGCACCGCACCCGUCUCGACGCGUGCAGCACCCGCCGCACUCGCCCAGCCUGUGCGCCGCAAACCCCUGCUCGCCCAGCUGCGCACGCGGUACGCCUUCCUCGCCGAGGACAACUGCGCGCCGUUCCGCGCCGACAACUCGUGCGACGGCAUCAACCCGGAGCCGUGCUCGUUCGAGUGGGACUCCUACGAGCUGCGGGCGGCGGUGCGCGCCGAGGGCUGGCCUCCGUGGCGCGACGAGGACCUCGAGAUGGUGCGCGACGCCGGCGAGGCGGCCGACCUGAUCCUGAGCGCGCACGCCGGCGACGAGGGCGCGCGAGAUGUGGUCCGCUCGGCGUGCCGCCUCGUGCCGUGGCGGUACCGCGACCUCGACGACGCGCUCGGGAGCGCCUCGAACGCGCCGACCAGGUGGGCGACGUGCGACUGGCGCAUGGUGCAGCAGCAGCAGCUAGAGCUGGGCGAGACCGUCGACGUCACGAGGGUGCGCGGCGGCCCGCAAACCUUUCUCGACGCCGUCGGCGGCGACCUCGACCUCGACCUCGUCGAAGCGGGCGACGCGCUCAGCCCGUUCUCGAGCCCCUCGCGGGCCACCACGUCGCCCCGCAAACGCGGCAGCGCCAUCACCGACGUCCCGCCGACCACCCCUCGCCCGCUCGUCGCCGUCGACGGCGAACCCGACAUGCUCCACGACCCGUUCCGCGAGCGGGGCUCGAGCGCCGCCGCCUCGCGCCCGCUCGUCUUCCGCGAGUCGCACACGUCGAGCGCCGCUGUCGCCGAUCCUCGUCCGGCGCGCAGCGCACGCAGGGCGCUCACCGACGAGCCUUGCGAUGCGCCCGCCCCGGCCGCCUCGAGGCCCUCGAGCGGCCGGCCCGCAGGGCCAGCUCGCCGGUCGGCGCGCGUCACGGACGCCGAGGGGCCCCGCUCGCGCGCUCAACGACGUUCGUCGACGAGGGGGCACCUCUUGAAGGCGGCGUUGCCGCCGUCGAGCAAGCUCGUCCCCAAGUCGGUUCGUCUGCGCGAGGCGCGCACCGCCAAGGUCGAGGAAUCGCCGCCGUCCGGCUCGACUGCUCGCCGCCGCGAGAAGGAGCCGUCGUCGACCUCGGACUCGGACUCGGACGAUGCGCCCUCAGUCGCAGAGCGCAAGAGCGCUCAGCCCUCGCCACAGCCCUCGCGGAGUGGCCGUGCCGCGAGACCGAGUCGAACCUCGUCCGCCAAGCUGCCCGCCGCCGUCAAGAAGAGCCUGUCGUCCGACUCGGACUCGGACCCGGACGAGCAGCCGCCGCAGACCGCGCCGGCCACCCGCCCCAAGGAGCGCGUCGUCUACCUCGGGCUCCGAGUCGGAGGAGACGCCGCCGGCCUGGUCCAAGGGCAGUCGGCCGACCUCAGAGUCCCGUCGCCGCCCCUCAUAUACGAGAACGGUGGCCUGUCGUCGGCCCAGCUCCUUGCCGCCGCCGCGAGGAGCCUGUCGUCGAUCUCGGACUCGGACUCGGACGCGGCGUCAUCAGCAGCCGUCCAGGUCGCUCUGCCGUCGCCGCCGAAACCUCUCAAGCCCGGCUUUACGCGGUGCGACUGGGACGGUUGCCCAAACCCGGUCUACAAGUCGACGACGGCGACGUCGGACGAGCUGCACGUCGUCAACUACCACGACACGACUUGCAUCGUCACGUACCAGCGCCCGUACCGCACGACCCGCCUCGAGCGCGACGAGCACGGCCUGUUCGCGUGCCCCUGGUGCUGGCACAAGAUCAAGAACGCGACGGUGGCCCAGUCGCACGCGUACGGGCGCAAGAGCUGUCCCGGUCCGCCGGUCGCCGACCAGGACAAGUCGCCGACUGGAACGCUGUCGUCGGCCGAUUGA